UCUAUGUAGAGUAAUGUAUACAUUAUAUACAAACGUACAUGUUGAAAACAGCGAGAAAAUAAAUCGAGAAUAACAUUUUAAAUUAAUAUAAUAACAAUCGGAAGGACCUGGUCCUCGUAAUCACAGUGCCGCACGCGAUAAGCCGAGAAUCUCAAGAACGUUCGCCAAUUAAGUGAACCUCCCAAUCGUGCACAUAGAAAAACAUCCAUAUGUAUAAAAUAACAAUAAUUAAGAACCUGCGUUGUUAAUUCUUUUAUCUGAAACCCCCGUUCGCCGGCUGCAUGUAAAUGGAUAAUCCAGACGCCAACAUGGAAGAGUCAAACCCAAAUUACGAUGUUAACCAAAGACUACAAAAGCCGGAGGGUUGGCCCAACGUCAAUGAGUUCCAUCCCUCCGUAAUGUAUCCGGAUGAUCCCAGGCGGUACUUCCACAAUGCCGCCACAGACCCACAGCACCAGCCACAGCAACAUCCGCAGCAGCAGCCAGAGCAGCAUCCGGAUCAGCAUCCGCAGCAUUCGCAGCAACAGCCGCAGCAACAUCCACAGCAGCAGCAACAUCCACAGCAGCAGCAACAUCCACAGCAACAGCCGCAGCAAACGCCGCAGCUGCAGCCGCAACAACAUCCACAGGCACAGAUACAGCCUCCCAUUCCUGUACCCAUACCCACACCCAUGGAAGGGACUAUGGAAGUUCCCGUUAAGAUGCCAGAAUACUGCCCCGAGAUAAGCCAGCCCGUCGAGCCUGACCGGGUCAUCAAUCCCCUGGCCGAGGUAGCCAAAAACACAGUACCUUACGGCCACAAGCGCAAGAACUCGGCGGGAGAGGACCAGGCGGCGAGCAAGAAGCUCAGUCUGGCGGCCGCCGAGGAGAAGAAGAACAGUCACCUGCGGAAGAACAUCCGCGACGUGAUGAACGAGAACAAUCUGGACACAACCACGCUGGCGGCCCAGCGGGAGGAAUCGGAACGCUUGGCUCGCGUUGCUGGUCAACAGAAGUCAAUGCGCGAGAUCCAGAAGCAGGUGGUGCACAAGCAGAUCUUCCGCAUCCUGCAGCUGGACGAAAGCGAAGGCAUCGAGAGCUGUGCCGUGGCCAAUCCCGUCGAGCACCACCCGCCCGUCGACUUUCCGGAGGAGGAGAUCGCCUCGGACACGUUUGACGAUUCGAACAGCAGCAGCCUGAGUGGCGGUAGCAUUGAGGACGUCCUGCACAAGGGAGCCAGCGCGCAGCCCAGCGAGGUGGUCACAAUAGACGACAGCUCCGACGAUGACUGCAUCCUUCUCUCCGAGGAGGAGGAGGAGGAAGAUGACGAGGACUUAAACGAGUCGGACGACGCCACCAACAGCGGUAUGCAUGUCAAAGAUAUAUACAAUGUUCCCGACGAGAACGGACAGGUGGUGGUCAACAUGGCGCAUCCGGAGGGCGAGGAGACCCUGUACCUGGCCCCGCAGAUAGCGAAAGUGAUAAAGCCGCACCAGAUCGGCGGCGUCCGCUUUCUGUACGACAACAUCAUCGAAUCCACACGGAGGUACAACAAGUCGAGCGGCUUCGGCUGCAUUCUGGCCCACUCCAUGGGCCUGGGCAAGACGUUGCAGGUUGUUUCCUUCUGUGAUAUUUUCCUGAGACAUACCUCGGCAAAGACAGUGUUGUGUGUGAUGCCCAUCAACACGCUGCAGAAUUGGCUAAGCGAGUUCAACAUGUGGAUUCCGCGCUACUCGACGGACAGCAAUGUUCGCGCCCGCAACUUCGACAUCUUCGUGCUGAACGACCAGCAGAAGACGCUGACGGCUCGGGCGAAGGUGAUUCUCAAUUGGGUUCACGAUGGAGGUGUGCUCCUCAUCGGCUACGAGCUGUUCCGACUACUGGCCCUCAAGCUGGUGAAGACGCGCAAGCGAAAGGGUAGCGUCAUCCGGCCCGACGGCAUGGACUCCAGCAGCGAUCUCAUGAAUCUGGUAUACGAGGCCUUGGUGAAGCCGGGGCCUGACUUGGUAAUCUGCGAUGAGGGACACCGGAUCAAGAACUCCCACGCCGGCAUCUCGCUGGCCCUGAAGGAGAUCAGGACGCGGCGUCGUAUUGUGCUCACCGGCUACCCCUUGCAGAACAAUCUGCUCGAGUACUGGUGCAUGGUGGACUUUGUGCGACCCAACUACCUGGGCACCCGCACGGAGUUCUGCAACAUGUUCGAGCGGCCCAUCCAGAAUGGCCAGUGCGUGGACUCCACGCCCGAUGACAUCAAGCUCAUGCGAUACAGGGCGCACGUGCUGCACUCCCUGCUGCUGGGAUUCGUUCAGCGGCGAUCGCACACUGUGCUGCAGCUGACGCUGCCGCAGAAGUACGAGUACGUCAUCCUGGUCAAAAUGACCGCCUUUCAGCGCAAGCUCUACGACACCUUCAUGACGGAUGUGGUGCGCACAAAGGCCUUUCCAAAUCCGCUGAAGGCCUUUGCUGUUUGCUGCAAAAUCUGGAACCAUCCAGACGUUCUGUAUAAUUUUUUGAAAAAAUGUGAGACUGAUUUAGAUUUAGAAAUCGACGAGGAGGUUUCCAAGGGCGCAGCCACGCCCAUAGUGGAGCCCAGUGCAGAUUCUUCCUUGAGUUUGGCAUCGCCCAUCGAGAAGAAAAUCAAUGGAUCCGGGGAUCCGAUCAAUAGUAUCGAAACAUUUUCCAAAGCCGAGAAUCAAACAUUAUUCAACAUCCCCGCAUCAUCGGAUUUGAAUGCUAAAUACUUGAACAAGAGUCCAAGCUUCUACGACGAAAAACCUGAGCCACUUAAUUACGGAUCUUUCGGCAGUGAGGGGAAGAACAACUACUGGAUGGAUUCCAGUAUUCUACCCAAGCCGGGAUGCGUGGAAGUCAUUAAGCAAACGGACACGAACAUGUCGAGCAACUUUGAAAGUAUUACGGGGUCUUCGGAGAUCGUGGACCUGGACACAAACGAAAUAAAAACCGUCGAAACGACGAUACAAGCGCCGUGUUCCAACAAUCAACUAGAUAAUGGUUGCAGCGCUGGCAAGCCAAGUGAAUGGAACGCCGCGGGCAGUAAAAACUCAAGUGGCGUUGCUGCUGCCGAGCCGUUCAAAAAGCUACUGAAGAGCAAGCAGCGAAACGAAGAGUUCUCGUGCUCGUGGGCUGUGGAUUUGAUGAAGAACUACGUGUCUGGCCUAAUAUCGAAUUCGCCCAAGAUGGAGAUAUUCUUCUGCAUCUUGAAGGAGAGCCUGAAUUUGGGAGAUCGUAUUCUGUUGUUUAGCCAAAGCCUAUUAACCUUAAACCUACUCGAAGUCUAUCUGAAAUCUAGUUAUGUUCCUGGUAGCAACCAACUUUGGACUAAAAACAGCUCUUAUUUUCGUUUGGAUGGUUCUACUUCCUCGCAGGAAAGGGAAAGGCUAGUCAAUGAAUUUAAUGCAAAUAGUAAUGUUAAGCUUUUUUUAAUAUCAACAAGAGCCGGCUCAUUGGGGAUAAACCUCACCGGAGCGAAUCGCGUUAUAAUAUUCGAUGCUAGUUGGAACCCCUGUCACGAUACACAAGCUGUAUAUAGGAUUUAUAGAUACGGUCAGACAAAGCCGUGCUUUGUGUACAGAAUCGUAAUGGACAAGUGUCUGGAGAAGAAGAUCUACGAUCGGCAGAUCAAGAAGCAAGGAAUGUCCGAUAGAAUCGUCGAUGAAUGCAAUCCCGAGGCGCAUCUUUCCAUGAAGGAUAUCACAAAUCUGUGCCAGGACUAUGACUCUGAUGAAGACACUGUCGAGGAGGUGAAUAAGUCUGCAGGCGAUAUGAGUAAGCCAGGCUCGCCGUCGGAGGAAGGAAGCAAGCCAGGAAGUGCAAAUAUGUCGCCAGAAGCGUCGAGUAAAUCAAAUAAUGGACCCACGAAGCCACUAGACGAUCAAAAUGAGUCUAAAUCACCAAACGGUGCCUCUCACUCGCCAAUCAAGACCGAAAAGAACGAUGGCCAGGAGCACGCUGUCCAUGUCGACGGCAUAAUAAACACUAUUCUCGACAUGCACAGGCACUGUGUUACAAAGGAACCAUUCAUGCACGAGAGUUUGUUGGUCGAUCAGAAGGACAGGAAGCUGUCGCAAGCUGAAAAAAGACAAGCUCAUCGAAGCUACGAGCUGGAAAAGAAAGCUGCCGUCAAUCAGAGAUUCACCUAUGCGCCUGCGAAAAUGAAUUACAAGAUCGUGAACAACGAUGGAACGGUGAUUACCAAGCCAAUGAACCAGCAAAUGAAAACCAAUACAUCGUCCUCAACUGGGGGCCGAUCAACGCGAUGGAUUCCGGCUGACGUUUGGCAAAGACAGGGGAUGACUGCCCAAGAAAUGACCUUGCCUCUUGAUGUUGUCAUUCCCACAAAUUCGGCCGAUAAGGCCAAUAUAAUUCUGAAGGCAGGUCAGAGAGUUAUGGUUCUGAAGUCGGCGAAGGGAAUUUACAUGCAGUUGGACAGCGGGAAGAUCAUAGCUAUAAGGACCACGGCCAAAACUGAACCAGAAAAGACAAAUAAGGACGAUGUGAUUGACAUAACUGACGAUGGUGACACCGAUACCGCCAAGCCCCAAUCUCCAGAGGAAGAUGUGAAAGAUCUGACUGCUGAUGACGAGCCUCGUGUGGUGAAGAACAAGGAAUCCACUGCGACGACAACUAGCCGACCAGAAAUGCCUGCCAAGGACAGAAAAUCCACGGAGAACGUGCAACAUUUUAAGUCGCAGACACAACCAAAUACUACUUUAGCCGCCACAUCCAAUCAGCAUCAGCUGCCAUCUGACCUAAGCUACCCACAGCCGCAGCAGUCCCAUCAGCAGCCGCAGCAACAAGCGUCGCAGCAGCAACCGGCGCAGCAGCCAGCACCGCCGGCAUACAAGCAUCAGAACCACCUGCCGGCCGCCGGAGAAGGUUACAGCAACGCCAAUAGUAUUCAGCCCAAUGCGCCGCUCCCACCGCAUCCGGGAGCUCCGAACAGCUCCGAGGCACCGCCGCCAGCGGAUAGUUCGUACUUCCAGCCCAAGCCCUUUCAGCACACAUAUCCUCCCCAGUACUACGACUACUACGACAAUAAGCACAAGUCCGCACCACCAGGCUCCGGCUACCACAUUAAUAACUACACCUCAUACGGCAAUCUGAACUUCGCACCGUACCAUUCCAACCUGCAUCCACCGGCGUCCUACAUCGGCGCUCCGUCGUCCUACGUGAACUCGAAUGUUUUCCCCCGGCAGCAUUGGAGUUCGGUUGUUAACUCCUCACCAGCGUCAAGCGAGUCUAUGCGACAGCCAUCGUACAUCGGCAGUACUUAUCCCGUCAACGAGUGGUCGUCGCAAUAGCGAGUGUAAAUAGACAGACUAUGUAUGGUCCAAUAACUCCGUGUCCAGUUCAGGGCGACGCCGCCAUAACGAGCUCAAAUAUACUCAGAUUAUUAGUUAUUGAUAAUUGUAUUGCUUUGCCUUUGCAUUUGAUUCGUAACGAUGUUUGUACAUAUAUGUACUGUAUAGAUGAUUGGUCGAAAGGCGGUUUUAUAAUUGUUUUCCUUACAUUUUUGAAUGUAUUCAAAGUUCGUUGUUUGUAUUCUGUGUUCGCCCAAGAAGUAAACUUAAUUAUACUAGACAAUUAAUAAGAUCACACACGUGAUCAAUAAACCACUAAAUGCUUCCUAUACUUAUUAAAUUUACAUUUCCUGCGGCUUGCGAAUCAGAAGGUUUUAUUUUACCUUGUAGUUUAGGUCGUUUAGGUGCCACCUUGACUGGACAAACAGAGCUCGGCCUUUAUUCCUUACCAUUAUUUUCCACCUAUUUAUUUAUUACCUUAACAUAGUGAAUUCCUUUUAAACGCAUAACUACGCUAGGUUAUUAGUUUUCAUUCUGAAAAACAACAAAAGCUAAAUAAAUAUUCAUAGCUCGUAACAUACCGUCUAAGCAAUCGAUCGUUCUACCCAAGUGUAUUUAACAUAAAACCACGAAUAGAAAAACUCAUACGGAAUAACAUUCGAAGAUUGGUCUCUUUUUGUUAAGGGCAGCCGUGCCCAGAAGGAAACCAAGAACACAUUGACAUUAGUCUAGAUUAUAGCAGAUUCGAAAUAAUAAACAAGCUUUGAUUGAACAAUGUUAGAUCUAAGCAAUAAAGAAAAGUAUUAAACAACCGA